CGACGGGCUUCCUGGAGGCCAAGCAGCGCUGGAGUGUCUGGAGGUGGCAUGAGGAGCUGAGGGAUGCUUUCGAUCAAUCGAUGACGUUCAGCUCUGAUGCAGAUCUGCUGACGCCUACUCUGCACAAUGAAGGUCCGAAUGGCGGUGGAGAGCAAGAGAGCCCACAUGUUUGACAUUCCUACUUGCUUGCAUUUCCUUCAGAAGCGAGGUGGUUUUGAUGAGUGACCAGGGCAGAUCUGCUGUGAGAAGAGGCUGUCGGACGCCGGCCUGCUAACUUCCCCGCCUCUGUGUGUGCCUAUGUGAUGGGUAUUCUGAUGAGAUCAGAUGGCCAUGGCCUCCCCUUCUCUCCGGUGCUGUUCGUCCUUCCUGGUGGUCGCCCACAAAGAUCCCUCCCAGCUCCUGGCCUACCGCACGCAGAGCCUCUCACCGCAGCAGCCGUCCUCAGGCCCGUCCGUCGCGCCACUCGUGUUUGCCGCCCACCCGGAUGCCGUCGACGUGACGAUGGACGUGCAGGACUUCAGGGUGGAGGAGAGGGAGGAGGGGCCGCUGCUGAGUGCGGUCCUCGCGUGGCGGGGGCGGCAGCAGGGGGGCAAGCUCGUGGCCAGGGAGCUGGUGCUCGCCAACCUCUCGCGGCUGUAUGAAGGUGAGGUACCGAUGGCUGGCUGCACGGAGGGGGGUGCAUUCGAUGUGCGUCUGGUUUGCCUGGCUGGCUGGCUGCCUCUCUGGCUGGCUGCAGAAACGACGGAGGAUUUCCUGGGCGUCAAGCCCGUCGACCUCCCCCCUCCCUCUCUAUCCCCCAGCCCGUCAUCCGCAUCUCAUCACACCAUCCAGUGGGUGCAGCGGUGUGACCUCUCCAGGCUGCCACCACUCCUGCACCGCCCCUCACAGCCCCUCCCCUCCCUCUCAAUGCAGAUCAUGAGCACAGCCCUCCCUCUGGCACUCUUGGAGGUGUCCAUCGAGCUGGAGCACCCUCUGCUAUCCCUCGCCCCACUCAAGCCAUCGGUGACUAUCGCUGUCGGUCUCCGGGAAGAGAAUGCGGCGCAGGAGGCGCCAUGUGCGGCCGCUGCAGCGGCUGCCGCUGGUGGUGGUGUAGAGGAUUGGUGUGGUGAUGAGAGUUCGGGUGGAGUAGUGGUACAUGAGGUCAAUGUGUCGUCGGUUCUCACGUGUGACAUCAGGUGCGUCGGGCGGGCGGGUGGGUUGGUGGAUGGCCUACCCCUCCCUCACUUGUUGUGUUGUGCUGUGCUGUGUUAUGUCGGUCAGCCAUGCGUUGUGGCGCGGCCUGACGGGAGGGGAUCCUCCAGGUGACAUAUGGGACAUGGGCGAUGCUGCCGAUGACGACAAUGACAUUGAGGACCGUUGCGGUAGAGCGGCGCCGCCCACCGACACUGCAGGCGGCAUCUCAGUGGUCAUCUGGGUGGACAAAAAGGGCGGGUGAGUGGGCGGGCGAAUACACACCACGUAGAUCUCAUCUUGCGUGUGUUGUGCUUCAGGGUGUACAUCGCAUCCGCCGCGGCAUUCUCGGAUAGCCUCAUGGCGAUGGUCAACUCGCCAGCAUCUUCACCACCACCGGACGACAUCGACACAUCCGGCCCGCCCGAUCAGCUGCCCGUCACCAUCUGUCCCAGAACUCUUCCUCCCGCUGGCAGCAAUGCAGCUUCAAACACCGAUCGCCCCCAGCCGUCCCUGUCACACGCGCUGAUGCCCUCGUCAUCGAUGUUUGCCAUCGGAGAGAGGCCUCAUGCCUUCCUGCUGGCACUCAAGCGUGCGGACGACGAUCGGCAUGCCGCGGACGCCAUCGCAGUGAUAUCGUAAGAGGAACAGGAGACGAGAACAUUCGAAUAAAUGCUUACCGACUUGGUCUGUGUGUGCGCUUGCAGCGAUGAAGGCGAGGUGUGGGUGGCGUCGUGUGGGUCAGGUGGUGGUGAGAGGGGGCCGAGGGGUAUCAUGGGUGCGGUGGCGCCCAUCUGCCGCGGUGGGGCCAUCCGCUUCCGCAACGAAGAGGAUGGUGGUAAUGGCACAGAGAGGGCCGUCCAUGUGCAGCAGGUCGACUGCGCCAAUGACCAACAGGUACACAGCCUUUUGAUUUGAUGCCCUUGUGCUGGUGGUUUGGGUUGGAUGGGUUAAUCUCAAAUCAAUCAGGUGUAUGUGAUGGGCGACGACGGCACCACAUGGCGGGUGGACCUCAGUGGGGCGUCCUGGCCCCCCCUCGCCCAGCCAAUGCCCAUAGCCCCAGCCACACAGGCAAGACAUACCGACACUCACCCACCCACCCCUGACCAACCCCCCUGUGAGCUCAGAUAUGUGUGUUUGGGCAUGCUUCGCCGUGGUUGGCGUACGUGACGGUGCUAGACGAGGUGAGGCGACACCGCAUCGAGCCCCCCGCUGGCAGGGCAGCACGAGAGAGGGGCGACGGGCCCAGUGGUGCGGGUGCAUUGUCGCCUCGUGUGUCGGAGCUGGCAGAGAUGGGCAAGCGCCUCCACGACCAGAUUCAACGACUACAGAAGGAGAAGGAGGUAAGUCAGCACGUCGACGGGCACUCAACCACACUCUGCCCUGGUCUCUCUCUCUCUCCCUCUCUGUCCUCCAGAUGAACAGCGCUGCUCUGUCGUCCCUGAGCCGGCUGUCGUUGGUGCUGGCGGUGCCCUGGUACCUGCACGUCGCCAUCAAACAGCCCGGGGGGCCCAAUAGGGGCGGUCUGUCCGGCCGAGCACCAUCUUCAUCAUCGUCGUCACUGCAUGUGACCGUGAGGCCCCGGCCGAUGUCGCUCGGCAGUGCCCACAUGGGUUUGAUCAAGGCUCUCCUUGCCGGCACGUCGAAUGAGGACAUGCAGACCACAGGCGCCGGUGGUGGUGGUGGUGGUGGUGCGGGCAUCAUGCAGGCUGACGGUAGGCAACAAGCAGAGAGGCAGAGCGGCAGGGAGGGAGCGAUUCCCACGGAUUCAUCUGUGGAUCAUUUUUUGUCUGUUCUGUGUGGGCGCGGCGCGUAUGUGCGUGCAGUGGUGUUGGUGCUGGUGCGGACGGGCGUCCCAUCGUCGAGUGGAAUGAGCCGUGCAGAGAGCCACCCGCCCACAGCAUCCUCACCGAACCCAGACACGCUGCUGCUGAGAGGCCUGGCCACACUGUGGGCCGGCGAAUCUGGGACCCCUGCGAUGCGGCCAGACAGCCUCGCCGAUAUGCUGCACUGGUAAGUGAUAGGGAGAGAGCGAGUGAGAGUGGGAGGGCAGUUGCGCGUGUGUGACGCAUGGUGUCCGUUGGUAUAUGUGUGUGCGAUGCAGGCGUGUUGAUGUGUGUUCGUCGGGCUGUGUGGGGUGCGCCACGGCCCCACCCACUCUUGCACAAGUGUGGAUCAUACACCCAGGUCACCACAUUGACAAGUAGAUAGACAGACCGGCAGAAAGACAACACACCAGGACAGACGCGCAGUUUUUUUUUUUUGGUCGCGUGUUUUGCCCUUGGUUGCGCCAGACGUGGGCCGUCCGCUGCUGCUGGCUCAGAAGGGCGCGAUCGACGACCACAUCAAUGCAGCGGUGGUCAACGCAUUUGACCAUGACGGCAAUGACAAUGACGACGUGAUGGCGAUGGCUGGCCGACGGCAAGGACAAGACGGCAACGCGCCCUCACAUAACCAAACUGCCGCAUACCUGCAGGUGGGUGGGUGAGUGAGUGAGCCGGCAAACAGAAUCCCUCCCGUCUGUGUGAGCAUUCAUUGGUUGUGUCUGCGUGCAGUUGGCGGGGAUAGCGGCCCUGAGUCUGCCGAAGGUGAGGGCCAUAGGUGUCGUGCCCGCCAUGACGAGCCGCGAGGCCGCGCAGCACAAGGCGGCCCUCGUGGACAUCUACACCAAGAUCAGACAGAUCGACAUCCACAAGGGCGGACAGACAGAGAUGGACACAACAUAGGUAGAUGGCAUAUGGCAUAGCAGCUUCCCGACCGGUCGAUCAUCCAUCUGUGACGUGACCAGAGCGGAUGGUGUGUGUAGAGAGACACGCCCACAGGCGUGUGCGUCGUGGUGGUGGUAGCUACUAGGUCGGUCGGCAUACAUGUGCAGAUCUUCCGUAUUAAUUGCGGCCGGCAGUGAGCGCUAUUCGACUGACUGACACGGAUGUCUGUCUGUGUGUAGAUAACAACAAUACGCAUAAUUCUGGA